AUGCCGGUCCACCUCGAUCCUCGCUGCUAUCCACACCUUGUGGAGGCCAUCCUCUUCAAUGUCUCAGACCACAUCACGUGGCUCGCGGCCCGACUUGUGUCCACGGCUAUGCUCAAGUUGGUCGACCCCCUACUAUGCGGCCAUCGGCUAGACAUUAUAAGUGAUUCCAACGGCAAGCGCAAGAUCCUGAGCUCCGACUGGCCGUUCGCCCACCCCUUAUGGCGCACUUGGCAACGCGUACCGUAUCUCUACGAGGGGGGAAACAGAGAAACGCAAGCAGCAGCGCUCCGUCGUGUCACUUCAAUCUUCGUGGACACUGAUCUGGUCUCUCCGCAUGUGAACAAUCUCAUGCAACACCUGCUGCCUUCAACCUACAUCUCCAUUUCCCACUUCCGAGUCAUUAACAAUGUUCUCACUUUUCCCAACGAACUGGAGAACGACUUGCGCAUCCCCCCUUGCAAGUCUGUCCGAUUUGAUGUGUGCCCCCGGUGCCCCUGUUGCGGCACCGGAGUGCUUGAACACAGUUCACCGAGUAUAUCGCUGCACAUAUGGCCUGAUAUUGUCGAACCCGACUUUUCAAGCCGCACGAGUCGUCAAUCUAACUGUGCCAUCAUCGCAGGGGCCAUCAAUCCUGGCGUGAAGGUUAUGUCUGUCGAAGGUGACGUUUUCGGUCUACCCGCCCUGCUCAGAGGUGUGGAGCUGGAGAUACAAGCCAGCCCAGACCUCCAGGUGUACUGCGAAUGUUGGAACGAUGACUACAACUACGAUCCAAUCGAGGCUGCAAAGUGUCGUCGCGAGAUUGCAGACCUUCUCAAAAUUCCCAAAGAGCAAGUGGAUUUCUUCUGA